AUGACCGCCCCUAUAACUCAACAACAAUCUGCUCAAGCAAAAGACGCAGCUGCCGUAGCCUCCAUCCGCAAGAGGAGGAGACGCGCUCCUGCUGGCGGUGCUGCUGAUGACUGCUUCACAUGUUCCAAGAGAAAUGUCAAGUGUGAUCGCAGGCGGCCUUACUGCUCACAAUGUCUCGAGAUCGGCAACGAGUGCUCCGGCUACAAGACUCAACUGACCUGGGGAGUUGGUGUUGCCAGCCGAGGCAAGCUUCGCGGCCUGUCUCUUCCCAUCGCCAAAGCACCACCCGUGGCAGGAGUUGCGAAGAAGUCUCCCGUCCGACCUCGUGCCAACUCAACCGCCACCACCGCUGCCUGGGCCGACGUCGACGAUAUGACCCGAAGGAAUAUGCGCGACGACGGCGGCUUCUCUCCAGAGCACAUUGUCUCUACCCCGACAACUCCGUACCCUCCCAGCUACGACUUCCUCUCCAUGUCGCAUCCCGAGCACUCCCCCGCCAUUGCGGCAGGACAUUGGGGAAACCUUUCAUACUCCAGUAGCAUACCCACGGACGGACCCAACUACCGCAAGUUGGGAGCUCAUCUUGGACCAAUUCCCAUCUCGGGAGCUCUGUCUUCUUCCCUCGAGUCUGUGAGUGAUGGCGACUACAUGUCGCCCAUCAGCCACUCAUAUCCGAGAGACGACAUUCCUUUCCUCCACAGCCCUACCGUCAUGUACGACGGUUACAGCACCCACGGUUCGCCAGGACCGCAGAGCCCCAUCUCGGCCAUCCUCAUUGACCAGCGAGCCCCCACGUCUUGCCCGAGCCUUGUGUACGCACCGUCCGAACAGAGCUCGAGCCUCACGUCGCACAUGGACAACUUCGAAAGUCAGUUGAGUCAGAAACUGAUGCGGGAGUGUGACAAUCUAAGCGUUCCCGAGAUGGAUGCGUACAGCACGAGCUGCAAUUCCAACAGCAACGUCUGGACCUCACCGCCGCCCGAAGAGAUGUCGCCGCACCACUCCGAUCACCAGGCUUCGGCUCAGUGGCCUACCAUGUUCGAGCCCCAGGCCUUUCACGUGAACUCGGAUCUCAUCGCCAAGAUGCCAUUCUACAUGGACUACUACAAGAACAUUAUGUGCCCGUCGAUGGUCUUUAUUGACGGGCCAAGCAACCCGUACCGAGAGCACAUUCUGCAGCUCGCCUCGACCAGCCAGAGCUUACAACAUGCCAUUUGUGCCUUGUCCGCAUGUAACCUGCGGAUGAAGAGGAGGCUCAGCCUCGGCCAAGACACCCGGGAGCUCUCUGAGAAGCUCAUGGCAGAGAAGUCUGCCGCCGAGGCGAUGGCCGAUGUUCAGUCUGACGACCAGUCUCUCUCGGAAGAAUACCAACACCGAAACCUCGCGGUCCACCUCCUCAACCAGCAGCUCAAUGACCCGAGCAAGUCCAGCCAUGACUCUGUUCUGGCGACCAUUCUGUUGCUCUGCCACUACCGCAUGGUGGAGUCUGGCAUUGCCAAGUUCCACACCCAGUUCGCCGGCGUGAAGAAGAUCCUCUCAAUACGUCGCCAGCAGAACCUUGCCCCUUCCCGCGACUCUGCUUGGAUGGAGGCCAUCUUUACCUACUUUGAUGCCAUCUCGGCCAGCAUCAACGACCGCGAGUCUCAGCUCAACGCAAGCUUCUACGGAGUCAUGCCAGAUGCUCAGCUGCUCCCUCCAGGAGCCGAGAACAUGGUGGGCUGUGAUCGCGAGCUUUUCAAGACAAUCAGCAAGCUGGGCAGACUGAACCUGCUGGCCCAACACCGUCCUGUUCAAGGACCUCUGUCUCGCAAUGUUCCAUCGAGAUCUCAGUCACCGCUUGGUUCACCGUUGGGCCAUGCUUACAAGGGCAGCCUCAACAGCUUGCAUCAACAGCAAAUCGGUGAUGUCUACAACAUGUCACAUCACCGAUUUGACGGCAACGGCUUUGGUUCGACGCUGGACGAUGACGAGUUCAUCAUCUCUCCGAUGUCUUACGAGGAUCACCGCGACAACUUCUGGACAGAAUGGAAAGAAGCCCGGAUCGCACUCCAGAACUGGGAGUUCGACUCCGCGCGUGUCCACGCCUCGCUCCCCGGUCCCGCGACCUCAGCACAGGUCCGGGACCUCGGCUCGUUGUCCGAGGCUUUCCGCUACGCCGCUCUGUUGUUCACGGAGCGCCUGGCAUCACCCAACCUCCCGUCGUCGCACAGCAACUUCCAGAACCUCGUGUCGCAGGUGGUCUACUACGCCACGACCCUCGAGCCCGGAAGCCAGGCCGAGAAGUUCCUGCUGUGGCCUCUGUUCAUCGCGGGCAGCGAGUGCGUCAACGAGCUGCAGCAGAACAUCGUCCGGGCCAAGUGUCGCGAGAUCAUGGCCCGCUCGGGCUACAUGAACAACCUCGCGGCCCUGGACGUCCUCGAGCGACUCUGGGCCGGCGAGUGGGAGAAGAACGAGCCCCGGAGCCCCGCGGCCAUGAAGCUCGAGGCUAUGCGCAGAGGACCCUUCAACUGGACCAGGUGCAUCGGGGGUCCCGGUGUCGAAGUGGAGUGGAUCAUGUUUUGA